UUGUAAAGUAGGGAGUGAGGAGGUUCAGUCUCCACCACCACCUUCGCUGUGAUCCAACAGCACGUUUAUCCGGCUGCUUUCUUUUUCCGUUCCUCCGGUGGCAGGUAUUUCUCAAAGAUAUAAGCUGGCAUAAUGCCACAAGACGAAGUCAAGACCGAGCUUCCAAAAGUCCUCAAUAAAACUACACCAGGACUUCAGAUAUGGAGAGUGGAGAACAUGCAACUGGUACCCUGUCCACCUAAAACAUUUGGACAUUUUUAUGAGGGAGACAGCUACGUAAUACUCUACACUCACAAGACCAGCAAUAACUUCACCUACGACCUUCAUUAUUGGUUGGGCAAGGACACCUCCCAAGAUGAGCAAGGAGCAGCGGCAAUAUACACCACCCAAAUGGAUGAUCACCUUGGGGGCAUGGCCGUGCAACAUCGCGAGACCCAGGGUCAUGAGAGUGCAACUUUUCAAGGAUACUUUAGAGAUGGGAUUGUAUACAAAAAAGGCGGGGUCGCAUCUGGAAUGAAACAAGUAGAGACCAACACAUAUAACAUUCGCAGACUGCUGCAUGUGAAGGGAAAGAAGCAAGUGGUUGCAGGGGAGGUGGAAAUGAGUUGGAACAGCUUUAAUAAAGGUGAUGUGUUCUUGCUAGACCUGGGGAGUCUGAUAAUUCAGUGGAAUGGACCCAAUAGUAACCGUACGGAGAGGUUGAAGGCAAUGAAUCUAGCUAAGGACAUCCGUGACAGAGAGAGAGGUGGUCGAGCACAAGUGACUGUAGUGGAAGGAGAAGAUGAGCAAUCUUCAGAGGAAGCCAUGAAAUUGAUGAAACAGGCUUUGGGAGAGAAAAGAAACAUCAAAGAGGCCAUUCCAGAUGAGAUUGUAGAUGAGAAACUGAAAACCGCCAUCAAACUCUUUCAUAUUUCAGAUGCUGAAGGAAGUCUGGUAGUGCAGGAGGUGGCAGUAAAACCCCUCACACAAGACCUACUGAAGUCUGAGGACUGCUAUCUGCUGGAUCAAGGUGGAAUCAAAAUCUUUAUCUGGAAGGGCAAAAAGGCAUCAAAAACUGAAAGGGUGGAGUCUCUAAAGAAAGCAGAGGCCUACAUAAAAGCAAAAAAUUAUCCGUCAUCCACGUAUGUGGAGACAGUAAAUGAAAGUGCAGAAUCAGCAGUGUUCAAGCAACUCUUCCAGAAGUGGACGGAAAAGGGACAAACAGUCGGACUGGGCUCCACACACAGUAAAGGAAAAAUAGCCAAAGUGGAGCAGAUCAAGUUUGACGCCACCUCUAUGCAUGCCAGGCCUGAUCUGGCCGCCCAACAAAAAAUGGUGGACGAUGGUUCAGGGGAAGCUGAGGUAUGGAGGAUAGAGGACAAUGAGCCUGUCCCUGUUGACAGAAAGUGGCUCGGACACUUCUACGGUGGCGAUUGUUACCUCAUUCUCUACAAAUAUGAAGUCAACAGCAAACUACACUACAUAUUGUACAUGUGGCAAGGUCGUCACGCAAGCACAGCAGAGCUGACAGCCUCUGCAUACCAGGCUGUAAUUUUGGACCAAAAGUACAAUGGAGAACCAGUGCAAGUUCGCGUACCCAUGGGAAAGGAGCCCAUGCACCUAAUGGCCAUUUUUAAGGGUAAAAUGGUUGUUUAUGAGGAAGGAAGUUCCAGAGAAGGCUCCACCCAGUCUAAUAAGCCAGUAAGACUGUUUCAUGUCCAUGGCACAAAUGAGUUUAACACACGUGCCACUGAAGUGCCACCCCACUCAUCUUCUCUGAACUCCAAUGAUGUGUUUGUACUUAGCACAGAGAAAUCCUGCUAUCUGUGGUACGGCAAGGGCUGCAGUGGAGAUGAGAGAGAGAUGGCUAAAACGUUGGCUGACAUCAUCUCAAAGAGGGAGAAACAUGUUAUUGCCGAAGGUCAGGAACCUGCUGACUUCUGGGUUAAUCUUGGUGGAAAGUCCCAGUAUGCCAGCAGCAAAAGACUACAGGAUGAGAACAUCAGUAUUACUCCAAGGUUAUUUGAGUGCUCCAAUCAAACGGGUCGCUUUGUAGCGACAGAGAUUACAAACUUUAAUCAGGAUGACCUGGAUGAAGAUGAUGUCAUGUUGCUCGACAUCUGGGAUCAGGUGUACCUGUGGAUUGGCAAAGGUGCCAAUGAUACGGAAAAGCAAGAAGCAGUGGUUACAGCACAGGAAUAUCUGAAGAGCCAUCCUGCGGGACGUGACCUGGAUACACCUAUCCUGGUGGUGAAGCAAGGGUUUGAACCACCCACCUUUACAGGCUGGUUCCAUGCCUGGGACCCACAGAAGUGGAGUGGUGGAAAGUCCUACGAUCAGCUCAAAUCAGAGCUUGGAGAUGCAACUGAUCUUAUCAAAAUUACAGUGGAUUUUACCCAGUCCUCAAACCAAAACAAAACAUCAAACUCAAAAGACUCUGCAGGCUCUGUAAACGUGAUACCUCCUCCUGUCAAUGAAACAUUUCCUCCAGAAAAGCUGGUGAACUGCGUGAAAGAAGAUCUACCCGAGGGAGUCGAUCCCACAAGAAAAGAGGAAUAUCUGUCAAAUGAGGAUUUUACACUGGUCGUGGGAAUGUCUCGUAUGGAUUUCUACGCCAUGCCAACCUGGAAGCAGCUAAACCUGAAGAAAAGCAAGGGCCUGUUUUAAAGAGCACAAAAAUCCUUGUGCCAGGCUGCCUUUUACAUUUAAUUUUUGAAUGCCUAUGGCGGUAAUGCAAAACUACAGUUAAGAUCACUUCUUUUAGAUAGACGUAUGUGUUUACAUAUAAAUUAUUUAAAUAUAUUAUUUUUUAAAAAUUGACAGUAUAAAGAGAAAUUGCAAUAUUUGAAAUGAAUGUUAUAAAGGACAAAUUAAUUACCUUGAAGUAUCAUUUAACUGAACAUAUGGAAUGAAUGGGACAAUAUGGGAAUGUUUUUUACACGAGUUGUAUUGAACCUGCAUGGUGAACUGCCGAUUUAAUUUGUCCUUGUGGAUGCAUUUGAAGCACUGAAUAAAUGCUGAUUUUCUUUAGUGGCUAAAGCACUUCAAUAACACAAAAAUAAAAGUUGUAUAUGAGUUUAUUUGAUGUUUAAUUAUUAAAGGAAAUUUCUUUGGUAUCAGGUUUUUUAUGUACACAAGAGGCGCACCAUCUGUCCUAAGGAAAAGUCAAUAAAUGGGUAAAGACC